UGUUCAAGGGUCUUCAUCCGGAGGUGGAUGAUCCUAUUGAGCAGGAGACCGACUUGACGGCGAUUAUGGUGGCGGGGAGCGGCUCGGAGCAUGGCCGCACGAAGCUUCUUAGUGGGGUGAUCAAGCCGCAGAGGACCCUCACGCAGAUCAGGUCUACCCUCACCGCCGGCGACCCACCGGUCGCGCCUCCUCGACACCGUCGUACGGAUGCUCACUUUGAGGCCGCCUACGCGGCCGCUUAUGAGAACUAUUUGACGGUUGUAGCAGAGUGGGACCUCAAGAGAGCGGCUUGGGAAGAGUACCAGGAGGCGACGAGUCGUGUAAGUUCCAAUCUUUUAUGGUUCGAAGACAUGACAAGUCCCACCUCCCCUUUUUUUAUAUCUGCGGCGCUUGACAUCUAA